AUUUCGAAUCAGAACUGGGACAGUGCAUAACCGUUAUAUUAUGAUGAAUAUGUACAUUGAGCCGAGACGCUCCACGGCAUGCUCGCCCCCUUUUGCAUCACUCGCGGGCUGUGACGCGCCCGCGCUUGGGAGCUGUCCCAGGAAUCAUGGUGCUGAAACUCAACUGCAGCACCAGCGACCAGCCGCUGAGCCCACGAACACACGAACCGACCGAAAGACCUGCUGCAAUACAACAUCAUUCCACUUAUGGAUACACCAGUUUCAUCUCGUCCCUAAAACGUGAAUUUUGUGGUCGUAAAGAGGAUGUUAUGUUUAAAAUUAUCGUACGUCCUGGAAGACCACAGGAACUCCGCAUCAACUGCAACAGACUGGAUUUUGAUUUGGUAGUUUUGCAUUGUUCCUGAAAGACGAACAUUAUUGAUAAUAAGACGAUAAAGUAAGAUGUAAAAACGAGGAAAACACCGUCGCUGGGAUCACUGGGUACGAGCGCGGCUGUCGCUGGUAGAGGAGCGCAAAGCAAAUUGACAUUAAGCACAGAAACUGCGCCCGGGCUCGGCGAUAAUAUCGCCGUUUCAAACGAAAAGCACAGCGGGACCUGAAGAACGACAGGGUCGCAGGCUACGCCGCUUUCACACGGGCUCCGGUGGAUUCAUUGCAAUCGUUCGGACUGUACGAAAUCGUUACGAAUCGUUACGAAAUCGUCAAAAUCUUGCAUUUGGAGUAAUGGAUUCAUGGACACACUCGUGCAUUCGCGAUUAUGGAGUAAUGAGCACAUACAUUCCAGCGUCGGCGGGAGGCAGGAAAUAUCUUCGUGAACACUGAUUUUCGGAGUUGUGUUCUCGUUAAGAUUUAUUUUUCUAUUCGUUUUAUUUUAGUCUGUUAUUUAAUUCACGUUAUUGCUGUUCAUCACUAAAACAAUUAGAUAUUCUGUUUUGAAGUUCAUCACCUGAAACCGCUACCUGGGAUAAAUGCUUGGAAUCAGCUAUUGACUUUACGUUACUACAGUCCCAACCACUGAUGCGUUGCCAUAGUAUUUGUUAUUUGUGAUGUUGAACAGCAUCCUCAGCUGGGCAGCUAUACGGUGUGUGGCGCGGGAAAAUGGUGAUAGGCAUAUGUGUAACACAGAUACAAAAAUGCCAGAGAGGUACGUUUGUACUGUUACUGUGAACGUACAGCGUUUCAUAUUUAACAGUUUCUUCCCUCCGAUACAGAACGUAUACAUAAAUUAAAACCAAAGGCAGCUGUGAAAGAACUGCAAACAAAAAACAUCUGGGAUUAAAAAAACUCGCAUGAAAUUACUGAAUAAGUAACUCAGAUGAGUUCCGUUUCUCUUACAAGAAAACGAACAACAAAACAGCACGUUUAGCGUGUUAAGCACGUGUUAUCAAAUCAGAUUACUCAAACAGGUAUACUUACAUUAAAAACCAAAAGGUCACAUGUUGUUGGCAGUCGGUGUCAUUGUAUGGUGCUGGGGAUUGUUGAGUCGCAGACAGAUGCUGCGCAACCAGGGCCUUCUGAAAGGCGGCUGUGGCAUCCUGUUCAGUGACCUGAAGGUUUUCUUGCUCAGGCCGCCAGCGCCAUCAGCACCGCCACCUGCACUCAUCCCCAUGAACGGACUACACUCGGAGAGUCAUGCCAACGGAGUCACGGGAGCCGGCAACGCUGCCGACAACAGCAACACUGUGAUAGGUGGCCCCCAGCCAGAGUGUUCCACUGUGGCGCCGCUAGGGGGCGCUGUCUGGCCGGAGGAGGACAGAGCAGCAGUGGAAUGGUCAGCCCCAGUGGCAGAGCAAUCGGGGACCCUGGAAUGCAGCAGCUCGUCGGAUGACUGUUCCAAAGAGAAGUCCGAGGAGCUCCUGUCCCUCACGAGCUGCACAGACAGCGGUUUGAGGACUCCCUUAUGCAGAAUCUGUUUCCAGGGGCCGGAGCAGGGGGAGCUGUUGAGCCCAUGUCGCUGCAGUGGGUCAGUGCGCUGCACACACCAGGCCUGCCUCAUUAAGUGGAUCAGUGAGAGAGGCUCCUGGACCUGUGAGCUCUGCAGCUACAAGUACCAGGUGAUCCCCAUCAGCACCAAGAACCCGCUGCAGUGGCAGGCCAUCUCGCUGACGGUGAUUGAGAAAGUGCAGAUCACAGCGGCCAUCCUGGGCUCCCUCUUCCUCAUCGCCAGCAUCUCCUGGCUCAUCUGGUCCUCCUUCAGCCCCUCGGCUCGCUGGCAGCGUCAGGACCUGCUCUUCCAGAUCUGCUAUGGCAUGUAUGGCUUCAUGGACGUGGUGUGCAUUGCUCUGAUCCUCCAUGAGGGCCCCUCUGUGUUCCGAAUUUUUCACCGCUGGCAAGCUGUCAACCAGCAGUGGAAGGUGCUAAACUACGACAAGAUGAAGGACAGUGAGGACCUGAAGCCUGGCUCCUUCCCCAGGACACUUUCCCCUCCCUCCCAGAGGGGCAGCAGCCAGGCCGGGGGGCCAGCCUCCGCCUCCACCUCCUCCCUCAUGGCGGCCGCGGCUGCCAGCGCACCCGUCACCACAGCAACGCUCACAGUGACUGCUACCAUGACGAUGGGCCUGACAACCCAGGACUCUUCUGACCAGAGCAAUGGCACCUCCCUGCCUGACCACCACUGUGCUUACAACCUCCUCCACCUCCUCAGCCACCUGAGGCAGCAGGAUCCACGCGGCCAGCCCAGCAGCAGCAACCGAGAGCUGGUCAUGAGAGUAACUACAGUCUGAGGCUUCUGAGGCCUUAUUACCCUAGCACUAUGGGAAAGGCUAAAUAUAAGCAAGAUGGACACACAACAAGAAACCUCCUUUCAUCAUGUUUUCAAUUGGGACAGAAAUCUGGGUAAACA